CACCUGCGCCUGCGCCGUCUGCAGGGGAGGAGGGAGGGGAAAGGCCGUUACGUUGCGGGCAACGGCCAGGAGAGUGAAGAGGCAGUCAGCAGUGGAGCCAGAGUCUUCCGUGUUCGCUGUUAGGCUGGUGCUUGAGCAGCAGGGGGAAGGGAGGGUUUUGUCAGGCUCCUUCGUCCGUUACGGGUAGGGAGGAGGGGAUGAAUCAGUGAGGGGCCGCCAGCCGAAGGGGGUGGGGAAGGAGACAGGCAAGCGGGAGCAGCGGCGCCGCGGAGCGAUGUCUCAGCCGCCCCAGCAACAUCCGCCUCAGCAGGAGCAGCAGCCGGUAGCAGCGCCGGUCUCGAAGAAGAGGGACCGGCGUAUCUUCUCGGGCACUUGCCCGGACCCCAAGUGCCAGGCGCGCUUGUUCUUCCCGGCGCACGGGCCUCUGAGCAGCGGGAGCAUCGAGUGCACAGACUGCGGGCAGCGCCAUGAGCAGCGGCAACUGCUGGGGGUGGAAGAGGUGACGGACCCGGACCUGGUGCUGCACAACUUGCUGCGGAACGCAUUGCUGGGGGUGAGCGGGGCGGGCCCUCCUCGGAAGAACACAGAGCUGGUAAAAGUCAUGGGCCUGUCCAACUACCACUGCAAGCUGCUGUCUCCUAUCCUGGCUCGCUACGGCAUGGACAAACAGACGGGCAAGGCCAAGCUCUUAACUGAGAUGAACCAGGGAGACGUCUUUGACUGUGCUCUUCUCGGGGACCGUGCCUUUCUUAUUGAGCCUGAGCACGUUGACACGGUAGGCUAUGGCAAAGAUCGGUCUGGCAGCCUUCUCUACUUGCAUGACACCCUGGAGGAUAUUAAGAAGGCCAAUAACAGCCAGGAGUGCCUCAUCCCAGUCCAUGUAGAUGGUGAUGGCCAUUGCUUGGUCCAUGCAAUCUCCCGGGCGCUGGUGGGCAGAGAGCUGUUCUGGCAUGCAUUACGGGAGAACCUCAAAAAACACUUCAUUGAGAAUCUCAGCCGCUACAAAGCUCUCUUUCAUGACUUCAUUGAUGCUGCGGAAUGGGAAGACAUCAUAAAUGAAUGUGACCCUUCUUUCAUUCCUCCAGAGGGUGUGCCAAUGGGCCUUCGAAACAUUCACAUCUUUGGCUUGGCCAAUGUGCUACACCGGCCCAUCAUCCUCUUGGAUUCCCUGAGUGGAAUGCGCAGUUCAGGAGACUAUUCAGCCACUUUCCUUCCUGGAUUGAUACCAGAAGAAAAAUGCAUGGGGAAAGAUGGCAUGUUGAAUAAGCCUAUCUGUAUUGCCUGGAGUAGUUCUGGACGAAACCACUAUAUUCCUCUUGUUGGAAUUAAAGGUGCUGCUUUGCCUAAAUUGCCUAUGAAACUGCUUCCAAAAGCUUGGGGAGUACCUCAGGACCUUAUUAAAAAGUACAUCAAACUGGAAGAGGAUGGUGGCUGUGUGAUAGGAGGAGACAGAAGUUUGCAAGAAAAAUAUUUGAUGAGGUUGGUUGCUGCCAUGGAGGAAGUUUUUAUGGAUAAGCAUGGUAUUCAUCCCAGUUUAGUAGCUGAUGUACAUCAAUAUUUCUAUAGACGGACCGGUGUAAUAGGAGUUCAGCCUGAAGAUGUCACAGCAGCUGCUAAAAAAGCAGUGAUGGACAACCGCCUUCAUAAGUGUCUGAUUUGUGGUGCCCUUUCAGAACUUCAUGUUCCUCCAGAAUGGCUGGCUCCUGGAGGAAAACUGUAUAAUCUAGCAAAAAGUACCCAUGGCCAGCUAAGACCUGAUAAAAACUAUAGUUUCCCCCUUAACAGUUUGGUAUGUUCAUAUAAUCCUGUGAAGGAUGUUCUAGUACCAGACUAUAGUUUGAGUAGUUUGACUGCCUGUAACUGGUGCCAUGGCACUUUGGUGCGUCGUGUGAGGAGUGAUGGCUCUGUUGUGUAUCUGGAUGGAGACAGAACCAAUACUAGAUCUACAGGUGGCAAAUGUGGUUGUGGAUUCAAGCAUUAUUGGGAAAGCAAAGAGUAUGACAAUCUUCCUGAAGCUUUCCCUAUUACUUUAGAAUGGGGUGGAAGAGUGGUGAGGGAGACGGUAUAUUGGUUCCAAUAUGAAAGUGACCCAUCUCUGAACAGCAAUGUGUAUGAUGUUGCAAUGAAACUUGUUACUAAGCAUUUUCCUGGAGAAUUUGGUAGUGAGAUUCUCGUUCAGAAAGUUGUCAAUACAAUACUACAUCAAACAGCCAAAAAGAAUCCUGAUGACUAUACACCUGUAAAUAUUGAUGGUGCUCAUGCCCGAAGAGUUGAUGAUGUGUUACAAGGACAAGACUUGGAAUCUCAGCUUCCAACCAAAAUUAUUCUUACAGGACAGAAAACAAAAACAUUGCAUAAAGAAGAAUUGAAUAUGAGUAAAACUGAAAGAACUAUUCAGCAAAACAUUUCAGAACAGGCACCUUUAAUGCAGAAACGAAAAACAGAAAAAUUAAAACAAGUGCACAAAGGGUCAACUAGAACUACUUCCCCUGGUGCUGUUCCUGAUGGACCAUCGUCUGCACCUGCUACACCUACCAAGACUCCUUAUUCCCCAACAUCUACAAAAGAAAAGAAAAUACGCAUAACAACAAAUGAUGGGCGGCAGGCCAUGCUUACACUGAAGUCCACAACCACAUUUUUAGAACUGCAAGAAAGUAUAGCUAGAGAAUUUAAUAUUCCUCCCCACUUGCAAUGUAUUCGUGUUGGCUUUCCUCCCAAAGAGCUUCUGCCACCCAAAGAAGGGCAGGAAAAUGAACCUGUUCCUCUGCUGCAUGGUGACAGAAUAACUGUAGAGAUCCUCAAAGGGAAGGAGGAUAGUAGCCAGACUGCUAUGGUGCAUUCAGCCCAUGCUGCGAAACAUGACGAUGUUGCAGUUACUUGUAAAAUUGCUUCCAAGGAACUACAGGAGCAGAUUGACAAGGAAAUGUACUCUUUGUGUCUUCUAGCAACAUUUAUGGGAGAAGAUGUCUGGUCUUAUGCAAAGGGGCUUCCUCACUUGUUCCAGCAGGGUGGUGUGUUCUACAAUAUAAUGAAGAAAACAAUGGGCCUGGCUGAUGGGAGGCACUGCAAUUUUCCAUACUUGCCGGGCAAGACCUUUGUGUACAAUGCAGCAGAAGAUAGAUUGGAACUUUGUGUGGAUGCUGCUGGUCACUUCCCUGUGGGUUCAGACGUGGAAGACUUGGUUAAGGAGGCACUCAGUCAAGUACGAGCAGAGGCUUCUUCCAGAAGCAGGGAAGCAAGUCCUUCACAUGGAAUCCUGAAACUAGGUAGUGGUGGAGUAGUUAAAAAGAAAUCGGAGCAACUUCACAAUGUAACUGCAUUUCAAGGAAAAGGCCAUUCUCUAGGAACUGCAACUGGUACUCAACAGCAUCAUCAAAGAGCCAGGGAAGCUCUGCUUACAAGAAAGCAAAGCAGCAGCACAGACUUUAGUCCCAGUUCUGCUAAAUCUGAGCCUUCUGUGUACACAGGUGAUUCUGGAAACAGUGAGCUUAUACGGAUAGCUCCUGGAGUAGGGACAAUGAGAGACGGCAGGCAGCUUGAUCCUAAUUUGAUUGAGGCGCAGCGAAAAAAAUUACAGGAAAUGGUUUCUUCGAUUCAGGCUUCAAUGGACAGACACUUACGGGAUCAGAAUGCAGAGCAAUCAGCAUCAAAUGAUUUUUCUCAAAGGAAACUAGAAGCAGCAGGUUCAUCUGUUAAAACAAGGAGCCCUCAGACUGGUUUGCCUGAAUCAUUUUCUUUAACAAGUGGUAGUGGACAUCUGAAUGUAGAAACAACUGAUAGUAACAUGUCAAAUGCAGUGGGAGUAGCAUUCCCCACAAGAUCAAAAGCGCAAAAAGAAAAUUCUGUUGAAGAGGCUGAAGAGAUGGAUAGUCAAGAUGCAGAAAUUGCUAAUACAGCUGAGCCAAUGGAUCAUUCAUGAAUAGUUAACAGCUGAUAAGAUACAAGAGUUUACUGUGCAAAUGUAAUGUUGUUGGCUGGGCCACAUAAACUUAGUCAUUAAAUCUUGUAUGUUUCAAAAAUUAUAUCUUACUCAUUGCAUGAUAGCAAGUGUGUGAUAGACAAUAGCUUUUAAUAUACCAUUCUGCUGCCCAGGUUAGCUCUCAGUUACCUGUAAAUUAGUUAUUAGAAUAUGCACUGAGAUGAAUAUCUGCUGUAGAUGUGGGUUAUCCAAUUUUUUUUGUAAUUUUAAUUCCAUUAAAGUCUUAAUCCUCCAGCCCAUGUGAGGUUCUUACUAAGUUUUAAAGACUGGUAUCAGUGAAAAUAAAACCUGACAAAUAUAAUCUUUUGUCAGAUAUUGAUCCAUUCAAAAUUACAGCAUAGAGAAACAUUCCCUUAGACCUGAACACUUUGCAUUCACUUAGAUUUAUCAGGUUUCUUGAAAUACACAAGUAUAUUGAGAUCUUUUAAGCUGUAAAUUUGAGGAAUGAUAGGAGAAAGGGCUAUAUAGUAUAAGAUUUGCUAAAGCAAAGGUGAUUUAGUAAUGCAUGGUGGUCUGAGCCAGCACAACCUUUUCAUUGCUCUGUUGGCAAGUGAUUGCAUGUUUGUUCUGAGCUGCGAAAGUACCACAGCCUGUUUUUACGUUGCAAAGACAACAGUAGGCAAGUAUUUUAAGAAGCACAGCAGACCAAUACGGCGUUGGUUUUGUGCAAGAAGACUUUGAUAAGUAACAAUUGGUUAGCAGUGCUGGCUAUUAAUAUUUUCUGAGCAUGUUGAAUUAAUGAAAUUUAACAGUUGUCGCUUCAGAAGUUUUUCAGUGACAUAGUAAAGGCUCCUCUUAACCUCCUUGGAAAUGGGAAAUAUUUAGUGUUUUACUUUAUGAUGGAAAUCUUUCUGCACCAGUUUGAUUAAACUAUCAUCCACUUAAACAGCAUAUUCAUCAGAUCUACAGUGCUAAUUCUUAAGAAGCAGCCAUUGUGUUUGCUGAGAUCCAUAAAGAUGGAAUGUUUAUCUUGAUACUAAUGUUGCACUUUUGCCUCUUUACAUAUUUCUAUUUUUUGUGCAUUAUUACUGCUUCAUCUGAUGGAAAUAAACUUGAAAGGGUGAAAGACCUGCAAUAUAGAAGAAAUAUGGAACAGGAAUUUCAAGUGCUUAGUUUAGUUAUUUGAAGCCAGUGCUUGCACGCACAUGAGUUUUACCCAGUCCACAAAUAUUAAGUUUGUAUUAUAAAUGUUUGUAUUCUGAAAAAAUGCUCCUACUUUCUGCAUUUAUAAUCACACAAGCAUCUUCCCAACAAUGCUAUGAUUAAAUGUCCCAAAUAAGGGAAGGUUUAUUUUUUUAUAUGGGGAAUUAACUGAAGGUUCAACAGCUUCAGUUUUACUCAAAUAUAUUAAUCCAUUCAAACAUCAUUUUUGCUUUCCUCAUACAAGGAAUACAUAUUCUAUUAUUUAGCACACUGCUUAUAUAUAAAGCGUACAAAUCACACUUUCAUGAAUAAAUGAUUUUAAAUAUGUAAUUUUUCUAAGUUUGUGCUGCUUAAUUUGGUCAAGAAAUGUAACAUAAAUGUAAAUUAAAAUUGAUUGAUGCCAUACUGAGAACAGGAUAACCCCUGCUACAUAUAGAAAACCACCAUAAGUUUUAAUGCGCACAUGAUUAGUUCUGUGGCCUUGACCCAAAGAUUCCAUUUAUGCAUGUAUAAGCAAUUUUGCAAAGGGGGCUCUUUCUGGCAUAGCAAUUGCCUAUGCCCAAGUUUCAAAGAUAGCUUAUGAUAUCGUGUAAGUUGGUGUGCUCAAGAAGAAAAUAUCUAUGCUGUCUCUGACUAUGGCAAUACUGAAAUAGUCUUGAAACUGGGUUGACAACUAUAGCUUCCAUCAAAGAAACUUGGGAUUUGCCAUAUUUGGGGAGUGAUGAGUAUUGUUAGGAAUUUUUAGCCCAUUCACAGAGCAACAAUUCCCAAGAAUCUUUGGGUGAGAACCAUCUCAAUUGCAAGUCCCAAAUGGACUUGAAUAUAUAGUGUUGAUAAUAGCUUGAUGGCUUGGUGUCUUGUUCUAGAUCAGAAAUACUGCAGCAGUCUUCUGUCUGGUGUAGGGAGAGGAAUACUGUCAGCACCACUUUCUUAACUGACUUAUGAAAUGAGAGAGACCUGUGAAGUUGGAGGGGCAUGGGUGGCUUUAUAACUUAAUUAACCUGGUUGUCUUGGCUAAGAGUUAAAUAAGCUCUUUCUCGCUCUUGUGGAAAUUCUUUCCCUUGAGGAAUACUGCAUGUUGUGUUUAACUUCUUUUUCUUCUACCAAAGCUAACAGUGCAAGUACUGUUUUUGUUUUAUCAUCCUCUUUUUCUGUCAGCCAUGUUGACAGGUUUUGGCCAUGCUCAAUUUAUAAUAAGAAAAGAUCUUAAGUGCAGGAGCCAUGUGUAAAAUACUGCUGGGUCUAAGUGUUGGAAAAGGUUAUAUUUAAACUCAGUAUUACAAUUGUACACUUACUGUCUAGGUUUAUCCCUGCCAAAGUUAAUAGGGCUGAAGUCCCUUUGGUUUCAGUGGAUCUUAUUUGCAACUAAUUGAGGAUUGCACCUCAUGGGAUAGAGAGUACAUGAAGCUGGCUACAAGACUGCAGCUUUAAAGACUGAGAGGCAAAUAUCAAGUGAAUUUUUUAAAAAUGUCAUCUGGUAAGGAGAAUGUUAAGAACAUCUGGGAUGAAUUUCCUUCAGAAGUUGCAAUGUUCUGUCUGCAUCAUUGACAUCAGCUUUUCUGAUAUAUGUUGCUAUCCAGUUGACAGUUGGAAGGUCAUGGAUUUAUCAAAUCAAACACUAUCUUUCACUUUUUUUUUUACAGGUCAAACAAGCUUGUUCUUGAAUAGUCAAGGAGUUUCGUGUAUAAAUAAUAUGGAUCAAAAAUAGGUCUAGAGUGAUUACACAGCAGCAUUCAAUACAUUGGUUCACUUAGGAGGGAAUAUGUGAAAACAAAAGGUGCAUAUUGGAAACUGCUGGAAUUAAAACAUUCUAAUGGCUUUCAUUCAAAUCUUAAACAAUAUUCUAGUAUAUAAAAUGUGCUGUUUAAUACAUUACUCUAUUUCUCUGGAAACUUAACAUUUUGAUUCCAUUGUAGCUUUAAAAAUUAACAUCCUAUAUUUGCUUCACAACUACAAAAUGGUUUGCUCAUAUAAUAUAUGAAUGUUUUUAUUAGAGCCUACUUCUUUUCCAGAUAGAAAAUAAUGGAGGAAGACAUAAAGAAGAUUCUGAUUUUUUUUAAAUUAAAAAAAGAUAGAAGACUAUCCUUCUCUCACCACUUAUUUUCUGUAUAUUGUGUUUCUCUUGUGGCUAGUUUAAAGAGUACAUAUUCAUUUGAAAAUGACCUGUUAUAGAGGACAGUAUGUCAGAUUUGCUGUGUUAAGGCUUCUAUUCUCUGCACUAGCAAAGACCACAGAAAAGCAUUGCUGUAGUUGUAUAAUAACAUUGCUGUAUCAAAGGGUAUAUUUUGAAGACCAAAAUGGCUUUUUCAAAAGGAAUAAAUUGGGAUUAGUCUGUGUAGUAGAGUGGAUGUCUGUGUCACCAUAUGCACAUUCAGCCCACCUGAAAACAUUUAGCAUAGACUUCAUGCAAUUCUAAAAUGUGUGAAUUGUCUGCAAUCCCCCCCCCCCGCCACUUCCAAAGGAACUGAACUAUGUCUGUGCGCUUGAAAUCCCAGUCUAGGUUACCUUUCCCCACUGAUUGUUUUGAAUUGCUGGAUGUUAAUCAGAAUAUGGCCUCCUCAGUAUGAGGAUUGACAUUAUGUUCUAAUCUAGAAAAAGGCUUUGUACAAUAUUUGUGAAUCUCCCAUAGCAUUUUAGACUUUGAUUAAAAAAACAGAAUUUUCACUUGGCCCCUAUGAUUGUAGUAAAGUUAAAAGGCUGAACUAUGAUAGAUGUUUUUAGAUUUUAUUUUGAGGAUGAUUGCCAGGAAGAGAAAUAGUGCACUUUGGAAGUAAAUAUAAUAUAUAUAUAUAUAAAUAAGCAUUAGUGCUGUAUAUAUUUAGGAAACCUUUUAAAACAGCAAGUGCUUUACAUAUUGAAUUAAAUUAGAAUAGCAAUGAUACCAUGUUCACAGUGCUGGUAGUUCAGCACAUCUGGGAUUUUACUUGUGAUUGCUGUACUAAUUUGUUUUUUAUAUGUAAUGUAACAAUAGUGUAUUAUAAGUGUACUAUAUUCCACUUUACUGUACAGUAUUUGGAAUUUUCUUUGAUUGCUAUAUUAAAAAUAUAAGCUAAA